CUCCGUCUCUCCGCGGCCCGCGGCGCGGGGGGCGGGCAUCUCCCCGCCGCCGCCUGAGGAAUGUCAACUAUUCAACAUGGAGACGGCGCUCGCCAGGCUCGAGACCAUGUUCCAGAAGGCAGAAUCUGAUCUGGAUUAUAUUCAACACAGACUGGAGUUUGAAAUAAUGAAAAGUCUUCCUGAUAAUCCAUCAGCAGAGGAAAACCCGGUUACUCUCUUAGAAGAACUCUCAGUGGUGAAAUCUCGUUAUAAAACAUUAUGUAUGCAGCUGGAAAAAGUUUCCUUAGAGCAGAGGGAAUCCAUGAAUGGCAUCCGUGCUGCCCUAGAGAACACAAUGAAGAUGGUUCAGACACUACAGCAACACACUGGUCUUCAGCGCUUGCCUCUGUCAGAAGAAGAACAGACUGCAGCACAGCAGUUAACCUGUCAGACUGUUAAAGGAAUGGAAUCGCUAGUGGAAGAGCCAUUUUGUUCAGGAUCUGUAGUUCCUGGCUCAACUGAAGAGUCACAAUUCAAACCAUUGACUGAGGAAAUGCUUAUGUCUGUACCAAGGAGUAUCAGAAGCACUGUUAAACUAGCAGACUUGAACAAUUUGUACAGGGAGCUAUUUAACCACUUCAUUGUAAAUAAGAACAGUGCCGCACUGAGUGUUUCGCAGAUGAACAAGAUGAAUAUGAAAGCCACUGACUCAAGAAUACGAAUCUUAAAAGAACUUGCCAUUGUGGAACUUGACAGACAAGGAAAUGUUAAAUUAGUUGCAUAAAUGAACGCUCGGUCCGUUCUCAUUUGACACACAAGCAUCUUCGUCAUAGCUCCUGAAUUAUUAACAAGCAAGUAUUUCUUUGGUGUCCGAGUUAAAAGAACACUGUUGGAAAGUUGUUCAUGUAUCCGUAUAGAAAUCCUAUUUCUAGUACUUAAAAACUUCAGAAUGAAAAAAUGUUGAGGUUGGAAUUUGAUCUCGGAUAUUUAUAGGAUUACAGACGAUGCAUUUUUGAACAGUGUUGUUAACCACGUGACGUUUCCAUAUUCUUGCCUACAUUCCUGAGCGGGGUUUUUAAGGCAAAUAACCCAAGCCACUUAAUUGUACUUACAUUCCUGAAUAAAUGAUGAAAGUCAAGGA